GUUGUCCCCUAAAGGACCCCUCGUAAUUCCAACAUGGCGGCGUCCAUACGGUUGUGCUGUGCCCUCCGCAUCACCAUCGGAGGCACAGCACCGCUCCGUACAUUAGGGGGUGUCGUUCAGGUAUCCCAGUUGGCGAGCCGAGCCUCAGCUGUCUCUCUCCAAAGAAAUCCUGUAGUCCCCCUGCUCCCUGUGACAGCGUGGCAGCAAACCAGGCACGGCAGCUUCUUCAACAAGUUGACGGCUGAGCAGUUGUGGAAAGGCGUGUUGGCGGAGUCUGGUGCAGGAGCCAGGAAGGGCCGAGGGAAGAGAACCAAACGCAAAGUGAAGCGAGACCUGUACAAAGGACAGAUCAUUGGCGAAGGUCGUGGUGGUUUUCUGUGGCCUGGUCUGAACUCUCCGGUGGCGAAGGACGGGAAUUUGCUGAGUGUGAGACGAAGAGGCGAGAGCGAGCAGCAGGAGGUGCAAGCCGAACUAGUGCAUCAGAGGGAUGAGUGGGAUAGGAAGAGGAAGAUGAAGGUGAAGAGGGAAAGAGGAUGGACGGGAAACUCCUGGGGGGGCCUCAGCCUGGGCCCCCCUGACCCUGGACCCAACGGAGAAACCUAUCAGGACUUUGAUUCUCGUGUCAUUGAGGUGAAGAGUGUGUUCAACAUGACAGCCAAGGAGGGCAGGAAGAGGUCUGUGAGCUGUCUGGUCGCCGUGGGAAAUGGCAAUGGAGCCGCAGGCUUUGCGGUGGCUAAAGCAGCAGACAGAAACACAGCUCUGAGGAAGGCCAAGAACAGAGCGAUGCACUACCUGUACUACAUAGAACGAUACAACAACAAGACCAUUUACCAUGACAUCAACUCCAAGUUCAAGAGGACAACGCUCCGCAUAAAGAAACAAAAUGAGGGUUAUGGUCUGCAUUGCCACCGAGCGGUCAUCACUCUGUGCAAGCUGAUCGGUAUCCAGGACAUGUACUGCAAAGUAGAAGGAUCUGUCAAUCUCCUCAACAUCACCAGGGCCCUCUUUACUGGAUUAGCCAAUCAGGAAGUCCACCAGAAGCUGGCCGACAAGAAGAAGCUCCAUGUCGUUGAGUUUCAGUCGCAGCAAGGCCCGCUGCCCAUCGUGGUGGCGAGUCCCAAAGACGGGGCACAACCGGACCCGGAGCCUGAAGAUGAGAUCCCCAACACCCGUCUGCACUGGGACGACGUUCAGGCCGCACAGGGAACCAGACGCUCAAUCUGGGCGGAUGUCAAACGCACCAUCUGGUAGUGUGGGACUGGGCCGAUGAUUCAGUCUGACCACAAGACAGAUGAUGUGACUGAUGGAGGCCGCGAUUGUCAGAUGGGGGGUCUGAUUUUUGGCUCUGCCAAGAAGAGCUGAAAAUAUGUGAAGAAUAGGAUCAUUUGUUCUCAAGCAGAGUGUCAGCUUUGGUCAGUAAAUCUAAAUAUAGUGGAGUGUGAUCGUUUUGUCAACAGAGGACUGAAGUUACAGUUUGUCAAACUGAAGACAUCCCAUUUGAAAACAUAUUACUCCAGAUACACCCAGUUACAGCCAACAGUGUCACUAAACUGUUAAUGUCUUUGAUAUCGAUGUUUCCUUUGUAACUGUAAAAGAAAAUCUAUCAUCCACUUGGAAUUCUUGAAAAAUAUAUUAUGUACUAAUGCAAUAAAAUAUGCAUCUGCAUAAACAUGUGUAGGCUAAUACUCACCUCUGUGUCUCUGAAGCAUGUUGUAUCUAUAAAGUAAUGAACUCUGACAGGAGGUCUACACAUUAGAUCAUGAAAAUAAUGCAGCUUUAUUUAGCAAAUGUGACCUUUCCCUGACCAGCAACAACAACACUGUAUGGACGCAGAUCUUUGCACAUAAAGUAGGUGAUGGACUGUGUUAGAUCUCAGAGUUUUAUGGGAGUUUUGUCGAGCUAAAUGUGUCCAGUGUUAGUUGAUUAUUUGACAUAGUGGGUUAAACGUUAGCCUGGCCGUCAGCGGCUAACACUAUCUCUGGACGGUGGGGUGAGGUGAGCCCUCAUGUUCGUAGUAUUUCCAGAGUAUUUUAUUCUCAAAUGACACUGCUUGCAAAUUGUUUGUGUCAUAUCCGAGUCCUCCUUUCCUUCUGUGUUAAAAAAUGUCUUGUGACGACGCGUUUCCAAUCUCUUUCUCUUCCUGCCAAAUGCCGCUGACUGAGACCUCUGCUGACCUCACCUGGAAAGACACAUCAGCACCAUCUAGUGGACCGAGAAAGCAAUUGAUUUUUAGUAUUCUAGUAUCAAAAGUUGUAUCAAAAUGUGUAUUUGCAAAAAUGAAUGAUGAUUAAAAGUAGAUACUUGCUGUA